AUGAUGACCAUGACAACGAUGGCGGACGGGCUGGACGCGCCGGACUCCUCCAAGUCCGCCUUCAUGGAGUUCGGGCAGCAGCAGCCGCCGCCGCCGCCGCCCCAGCCUCAGCCCCAGCCCCAGCCGCCGCCGCCGCCUCCUCCCGUGGCACAGGCGCCCGGCGGCGGCGGCGGCGGCGGCUCCUCUCAGCACUCGGCAGCGGCGCAGCAGCAGCAACAGCAGCAGCAGCAGCAGCAGCAGCAGCAGAGCUCGCCGGCGGCCGCCAUGGCCGGCGCCCACUACCCGCUCCACUGCCUGCACUCCGCCGCGCCGGCCGCGCACCCCCACGCCCACCCCCACCCGCACCACCACCACCACCACCACCACCACCAUGCCGCGCCCUACCCGCCCGGCCCCGCCGCCGCCACCGCCGCCGCCGCCGCCAACUCCUACAGCCACCGCUCCCUCGCCGCAGCCGCCGCCGCCGCCGCCUACCCCUACGUGAGCCACUCGCAGCACAGCCCCUACCUCCAGCCCUACCACGCCGGCGGCGCCGCCGGACAGACGCGGCCCGACGACGCAGACCAGCAAAAAACCACGGUCAUCGAAAACGGCGAGAUCCGAUUCAACGGGAAGGGGAAGAAGAUUCGGAAGCCUCGGACCAUUUAUUCGAGUCUCCAGCUGCAGGCUUUAAACCACCGGUUCCAGCAGACCCAGUACCUGGCGCUUCCCGAGAGAGCGGAGCUGGCCGCCUCGCUAGGACUGACCCAGACGCAGGUGAAGAUCUGGUUCCAGAACAAGCGCUCCAAGUUUAAGAAACUGCUCAAGCAAGGCAGCAACCCCCACGAGAGCGACCCCCUGCCGGGCUCCGCCGCUCUGUCCCCGCGGUCUCCUGGCCUUCCUCCUGUCUGGGACGUUUCAGCCUCUGCCAAAGGAGUCAACAUGCCUCCCAACAGCUACAUGCCUGGUUAUUCUCACUGGUACUCUUCUCCACAUCAAGACACAAUGCAGAGACCACAAAUGAUGUGAGCGGGCCAAGGGAAACAGCUUCCUGGAGCGGCCGCGUCUCCAGCCGGGCCCUGCCAAGG